AUGGACCUUAAAAUAUCUGUAUGGUUUUGGAAUGUAGUUGCCUUAGUAGAUCUUAAAAGCAUCGAGGAUUCUAGUCGGCACCGUGCAAGAUUUCUGGAACCACGAACCUCAGGAUCUGUAAGCCGAAGGGGCUCUACGAUGGGCUGCCCAAUCAACCUUGGGCUUGGCUCCACAAUACACGACUUCUCCCAUAACUGGUGCCCCUGCAAGGGUACAGGAUCAAAUGAUGUCAAAGACUAUCCUCCAAUUCCUGCUCCUGAAAUACUGGAGGUUGUUUUAGUGGGCCGAAAUGCGGCGUCCGCUCCCGUUAAUCCAAUACCACUCUGGUUUCUGGUGAGGAUUAUACUCAAUAUUUGCCUCGACAUCGAUAUCCAGGCCCGCUCGAAGCGCUUGGAUCUCAAAAGCGAAGAAUUAACCGGAGACUUUAUGGGACAUUACGAGAUAUUUGGUACUGUAGGUAGAGAGGCGGGCUUGGAUUUUGCUAUGAAGUCGUACCCGAAAGGGGUUAACGAAUUUUCACGUCCAAAGGCUAUAUGGAGACGAAGUCAAUACCCUUCGCAAUCUUGUUUAACAAGACAACUCCUCAACGAUGAAGUUAUUUACCUGGUAAGAAUACCUGAAGUCUAUACGACUUCUGAAAGCCCCGACCGCAGAGAUAGAGUCUACGUCCUCUCUUUGUUCUUUGCCAACAAAUCUCGGCCCUAA